UGAGUGCUGACUUGACCCUUCUUAAUUACAUGGUCGACUCAGUCAUAGUUCCAAGCUUAUACCCCAUUCUUGAUUCUUCCCUCCCUCACCAACGCCAACAAAACUGAAACUCAAACUACUCUUCAACAUUCAGUCUGCAUGUAACGUUUUUUUAUCUUCUUACUAUAUGGUUUUCCCGAACGGAUAACGGAAACUUCAAACUUUGGCUUGGGAAACCAUUUCUUCUUUUCUAACGGUUUUCGCAUGUUUGAGAAUUGAGGCUCGAGAGUUGAAUCUUAUCUUUCACUGAAAAGAGUGUUUCCUGGGAAGCUAAGUUAUGAAUGCAAGGGAACCAAAAUUUGUUCGGUUUGAAGACUGGAGGUCAACAUCAUCGGAGCAAGAGAGUUCUGUUAAUAAUGGAUAUAAGGAAAGAAAAGGUAUGCCAAGUGUGGGUGCUGUUUUGAAGAGUAUUGGAAGAAAACUGGAGAGUGGUUCAGAAAAGUUCAAGAACUUGAGGAAACCUUCAACUGUUCAUCCUGUAAGUGAUAGACCAAAAGAGAAACUGGCUUCUAGAAGAAGCAACAUUCUUGAUCCACAAGGACGAACCCUUGAAAAAUGGAACAAGAUUUUUGUGAUCACAUGUGUGAUGGCAAUCUCCGUGGAUCCGCUCUUCUUUUACAUUCCAGUAAUCAAUGACAAAGACAAAUGUCUGAAUUUGGAUGGCACGUUGCGAAUCACCACUAGUGUUCUUCGAACAUUCUUUGAUCUUUUCUACAUUCUUCGCAUAAUCUUUCAGUUUCGAACAGGGUUUAUUGCCCCGUCUACUCGUGUUUUUGGAAGGGGUGAGGUGAACAAUAAUCCGGUGGCUAUAAUGAAAAGAUACUUAAGUUCAUACUUCAUCAUUGACAUCCUCUCUAUUAUUCCAAUUCCGCAGGUGCUGGUUUUAGCUGUAACUCCAAAGAUGAAAAGCUCACCGUUUUUAGCAAAGGACUUGUUGAAGUAUGUAAUAUUGGUCCAAUAUGUGCCAAGACUUCUGCGGAUAUGGCCAUUAUUCAGAGAAGUAACGAGAACUUCUGGUAUAUUGACCGAGACUGCAUGGGCUGGAGCUGCUUUUAAUCUUGGUCUUUAUAUGCUAGCAAGUCAUGUUGUUGGAGCUAACUGGUAUAUGCUUUCAGUAGAAUCAGAGGCAAGAUGCUGGCGCAAAGUGAUGGAAAAUGAUAGGCACUUUAAAGAUUCAUACCUGGGCUGUGGACCUAACAGAGGAUUUGUCAUAUCACUUCUCAGUAAAAAUACUACUUGCCCUUUCAUUGACCCUGAUCAAAACCAAGACCCAAAUGCCUUUGAUUUUGGAAUAUUCAAUGAUGCUUUAGAAUCAUCUGUGGUGAAUUCCGAAACAGAUUUUCUUAAGAAGUUCUUCUACUGCUUUUGGUGGGGUUUACGCAAUUUGAGUUCUGUUGGACAAAACCUCAAGACAAGCACCUACAUUGUGGAGAUACUCUUUGCCAUCUUCAUAGCCAUUGCUGGAUUGGUUUUAUUUGCAUUACUUAUUGGAAACAUGCAGAAAUAUUUGCAAUCAACAACUGUUAGAGUUGAGGAGAUGAGAGUCAAGAGGCGCGACGCAGAAAGGUGGAUGUCUCAUCGUAUGCUUCCUGAGAGACUGAGGGACAGAGUUAGACGGUAUGAACAAUACAAAUGGCAACAAAAUAGGGGUGUUGAGGAGGAGGCAUUAAUUCGCACCCUCCCUAAAGAUCUAAGGAGGGACAUAAAGCGUCAUCUCUGCUUGGCUUUAGUUAAAAAAGUGCCAAUAUUUGAGAAAAUGGAUGAGCAGUUGUUGGAUGCAAUGUGUGAUAGACUGAAGCCGGUCCUGUAUACAGAAAAGAGCUACAUUGUUCGCGAAGGAGAUCCGGUUGAUGAGAUGCUUUUUGUCAUGCGUGGAAACCUCGCUUCCAUGACAACAAACGGUGGAAGAACUGGUUUCUUCAACUACACGGUUCUUGAGGCCGGUCAGUUCUGUGGCGAAGAGCUGUUAACAUGGGCCCUGGAUCCUCACUCCUCCACAAAUCUUCCCACCUCAACCAGAACAGUAGAAACCAUAUCAGAAGUUGAAGCCUUUGCUCUCAUGGCCGAUGACUUGAAGUUUGUUGCUUCCCAAUUUCGACGUCUUCAGAACAAACAACUUCAGCACACUUUCAGGUACUAUUCGAUGCAAUGGAAGACAUGGGCUGCCUGUUUCAUACAAGUAGCAUGGCGUCGAUACUGGAAAAAGAAGGUUGAGAGGCAAUUACGCGAGGCAGAAGACAGGCUACAAGGUGCCUUUGUAAAUGAGGAUGAAUCCUCUCUAAGCCUUGGUGCAACCAUAUAUGCAUCACGGUUUGCUGCUAAUGCAUUGAGAAACUUGAGAGAAAACAGCGAACGCAACAAGAGAAUGCCACAGAGACUACCUCUGCUUCCUCCAAAGCCCGCCGAGCCAGAUUUCUCUACUCAGGAACACUAGAGCGCUGGGCUGUGCUUCGCAGUUCCAACCACUUGAAUGCAGAUACUAUUUCUUAUACAUACAAAUUACUUGCAAAAGAAAACUUGGUAAACAUGUCCACAUUACACAGCAUUUGUGUGUGAACAUGUGUAUAUGCUGCUUUAAUUUUGUAAGGCAAGUAUAGUUCAUUUGUUGUUCAUGAUGAAAUAACAAAUUCAUGUAAAAUUAUGCCCGAUAAUGUCCAUGAUCUGAAAAAUAAAUUGUAGCAGACAUGUAUACAAGGAAAAGAAUGAAGAGAAAUGUAUUUUUUUGCAGUUGGCAAGGCAGAGGUUUCAUAUAUAUAGAACUCAUUUUAUUUAUUUA